AUGAGUGUUCCUGACUACAUGCAGUGUGCGGAGGACCAUCAGACUCUCCUGGUUGUGGUUCAGCCCAUUGGCAUUGUACCUGAAGAGAGCUUUUUCAGGAUCUACAAGCGCAUUUCAGCAGUGAGUCAAGUGAACGUGCGUGACUCUCAGCGUGUGUUGUAUAUCCGCUAUAGGCACCAUUACCCGCCCGAGAACAACGAAUGGGGGGAUUUUCAGACACACCGGAAAGUUGUGGGGCUGAUAACUAUUACGGACUGUUCGUCUGCAAAGGACUGGCCUCAGACUUUUGAAAAAUUCCAUCUUCAGAAGGAAAUGUAUGGCUCUACUCUCUACGAUUCCCGGUUGUUUGUCUUCGGGCUCCAAGGAGAGAUUGCGGAGCAGCCCCGCACCGAUGUGGCGUUUUAUCCCAGUUACGAUGAAUGUGAAACCGUGGAGAAGAGAAUAGAAGAUUUUAUCGAGUCCCUCUUCAUAGUGUUGGAGUCGAAGAGGCUUGACAGAGCCACUGAUAAGUCUGGAGACAAGAUCCCGCUCCUCUGCGUUCCAUUUGAGAAGAAGGAUUUUGUAGGUCUGGACACCGACAGUAGGCACUAUAAGAAGCGUUGUCAAGGCCGGAUGCGGAAACACGUUGGUGACCUGUGCUUACAAGCUGGCAUGUUGCAAGAUUCCUUGGUGCAUUAUCACAUGGCGGUGGAACUUCUGCGGUCUGUGAAUGACUUCCUGUGGCUUGGAGCUGCUCUUGAGGGAUUAUGCUCAGCAUCAGUCAUCUAUCAUUAUCCUGGUGGUACUGGAGGUAAAGUUGGAUCUCGUAGGGCACAAGGAGGUUCUCUUUCUGCUGAGGCAGGCAACAGACACAGACCAGGGGCACAAGAAGUUCUCAUUGAUCCAGGUGCACUGACCUCGAAUGGUAUAAAUGCAGACACCAGUGCUGAGAUCGGACGCGCCAAAAAUUGCCUUAGUCCUGAAGACAUCAUAGAUAAAUACAAAGAAGCCAUUUCUUACUAUGGCAAGUACAAGAACGCUGGUGUGAUUGAACUGGAAGCCUGUGUGAAGGCAGUGAGAGUCCUUGCAAUACAAAAAAGGAGCAUGGAAGCCUCUGAGUUUCUUCAGAACGCAGUUUAUAUCAACCUUCGUCAG